UCCCCUUCCCGUUCCCCUGCAACUCCAUUCGAUAAAACCCUAAUCAGUUACCGACUAUUCAAUUGCUUCCUCACCGGAUCAUCUAUUUGAUUCGAUUGCUUCAAUUAAUUUGUUAGAAGUUUGAAUUUGAUCCUAAAGGAUGCCUAUGAAACAAUCGAAAGCGGAGAUAGCAAAGAAGCAGAAAGUAGUAGAAGACAAAACAUUUGGGCCUAAGAACAAGAGCAAGAGCAAAAAUGUUCAGAAAUAUGUUCAGUCACUUCAACAGAAUGUUGUCCCUAAACCUGAUCCUUCCAAACUCGCUGCAAAGAAAAAUAAGGAAGAAGAGAAAGCUAGAGAGAAGGAGUUGAAUGACUUGUUUAAGAUUGCUGUUGUUCAACCCAAAGUUCCUUUUGACAACUAGAAAACGAAGAUAGAAAAGUUCAAUGGUCAAAAUUAUUGUUAGUGGAAGAUGCAAAUAACAGAUUUGCUAAUUUGCAAAUACUGAAGAAUUUGGAUUUCAAUUGGCUAGCUCUUAACAAGAAGGCUAAGUGUAUGAUUAGGCUUGCUAUGUUUAUGUACACUGUGUACAAUCACUAUAAGAGAUUUGGUUCUUUACCAUCACAAAGUAUAUGUGGGAAAAAGCCUAUAAUGUGU